AUGAGAGCUGAUAAUUUUUUUUCUCUUUGUUUUCUCUUAGUGAAUCACACCAGGAUUUAUGAGCUGAUCUCGUCAAACGCGAUAGACCUGGACCCAUUUGCAUUUCCACUUCACCUAAACGGUUCAUACUCCAGAGUAGCAGCAAUCCGAACUGAUGUUUGUCCUGGCAAUGUUACCUCAUGUUUCCAUGGUUUCACCAUCUCUAUGUGGCUGCUUGCCAACGAUACGUCAGUCACUGAUGAGGGUGUGUACUACCUCUCUAGCGGAGCUCAGAGAACGGAGUCCUGUGGGUUCUACUUUCGUCUUGAUUCAGUGAACUCUGACCCCAAUGGGUCAAGGGUCGGUGUCUUUGACAUUGCCGUGGCAACCGCAGAUACUCUGUGGAAAGUGCGUUACCAGGCCAGAAUGUCAGUGAAGUCACAUGUCAUGAUGUCAUGGGGACCCGACGUCAGGUUGGAUGUGUACAUUGAUGGUAUCUGCGCUGGUAACCCUGACACCGAUGAAGGAUACCAGCGUUAUCCAUUGACCUCAUGCUCAGACGAUCCAUUCCAAGAUUUGUACAUCGGUGGAAGGAAUGACUUGGCUAGUGGCGGGUUUGCUGUGGCUGACGUUGGAGAACUUAUCAUCUGGGAUGCUUGGAAGAACCCCAUUGACGUCUACAAUCUUGAACAAGAAGGUAAAGCAGCGUGUGAUGGGAAUGGAUUCAAAUAUGCCGCAAUCGGUGGGGAUGGUCCGCAAUGCUACUGCAUUGCUAACUACACAUACAUGGAAUCAGAUCCUGAAGGGUCCUGUAAUGUCUGCCCAGGUUACACUGGAAUUACUUGCGGAAGUUCUGAUAGCCUGAGUUUGUAUCACCUGCCAUCAUUCCUACAACAAAUUCCUGCUCAAGAGACUAUCCAAGGCUUGUCUGUCGGUUUAGACGGGGUCCAGUCAGAUGAGGGUAAUUACUCAGUAACGACGCAGACAAAUAUCAAUAUUAGUUUCUAUGUCAGCAUGGGUGAAGAUGUCCUGUAUUCCAUCUCUGGAGACAACCGUUUAGCUGAGGUUCAGACGUUUGAAGCAUCCACCUAUUUGCUAUUCCCUGAGGCUGGUUUGUAUCACCUGACUGUCAUAGCAACCAAUCAGAUCAGUCAUUUAGAGAGGGAAUUAUGGGUAACAGCUAAAGAAAAUCCAGUGCAGUUGGGUGUCCCUUUUGUUGAAAUCUAUGCAGAUCUGCUAGCUGGUAUGUCUGAACUGGUGCAUGUCUGGGUAGUGAUAGCCAAUGGGAGUCCUGAUAUGUCUUGUAGUCUUGACUUUGGUGAUGGCAAGAUCGAACCCAUCCUUGGUAAUCAGUCUAGUCAUGGUCUCACUCAUAGAUAUGACAGCUCUGGUGUGUUUCUCAUCACAGUCAGCUGUGAAGGACCAGACUUGCGAUCUAUGAAUGCCUCAGCUACGAUAGUAAUACAGGAACGCAUCACCAUCACUCUAAAUACAACAUUUAGAGUGAUCAAGGUGGUCAAGUUACUUCAAGAGCUGACGUCUACAUCGGAGUCCCAAUAA